CAUCUCCAAAACAGCAGGUCUUGUGCGGUAUUUCCAAUAUGCUGUGGUUAGAAACCUUGGUUCCUGGCGUUCAUGUGGAUGUUACUUUGACAUGUACCACCUACCUAAACAUUGUUGCAGACCAACUACACCACUAGCAACGGUGCAAAAAUUGUUCGGGAAUGGUUUGAGGAACAUGACAAAGAGUUGAAGGUGUUGACUUGGCCUCCAAAUUCCCCAGAUCUCAAUCCGAUCAAGCUUCUGUUGGAUGUGCUGGACAAUCAAGUCCGAUCCAUUGAGGCCCCACCGCGCGACUUAGAGGACUCAAAGGAUCUGCUGCUAACGUCUUGGUGCCAGAUACCACAGCACACCUUCAGAGGUCUUGUGGAGUCCAUGCCUCCAUGGAUCAGAGCUGUUUUGGCAGCACAAAGGGUAUCUACGCAAUAUUAGGCAAGUGGUUUUAAUGUUAUGGCUGUGGUGUGGACAUGGUUUUCCCUUCUAAUUGAAAACAUCAUAUUCUGUAGAUAGGACAGAUAAAAGCAGUAAGUGUAUGAGGACUUGCUUGUGUCCAUCUGCAGCUUCUGCAGGAAAUUGAGCAUUAAAUGCCCAUUACAAGUUGCUGUGCAGACAGCACUGCUCCACAGGUGUAGGGUUGGGUGCAACCUGAUAGGCGUGUUACAAAUGAUCAGUGGACGUCAGACUGCUGAAGCACACCUGUUGGCCUCCAUUUCUGCAGUGGUCAGGCUGCCAGAAUGAAGCGGAAGGUGCUGGAGGACAGAGCGAGCUGUUAGAUGCUCCCAAUGCUCGUCUUCGAUGGAUAAGAGCGUGAUCAAAUUCAGGCACUGUGACAAAGAUAUUUUUUGUUUCUUUGUGCCAGAGGAAUGUCCCGAGUGUGGCAUGAGCUUCAGCGGGAGAAGGCUGGAGGAGGCACCCAUCAGCAUCCCUAACCCCUUCACCAACGGCCACAAAACACCCUGCGCCUUCCUCAUUGCUCCGGCAGAGGAAAACACACUCAGAGAAUAUGACGGUGGAUCAGAUCUGCAUACUGGAAUUACUGACACAAACGGUGUUGUGUAUAACUACACGAAAUCUGGUGUGCGGAGAGACCGCGAGGGCUGGGAACACUGCAUCAGCAUCAUGUUAGUCCAGCCUGACAUGUACAAUCUCAUCAAUCAGUGGGAUCAGUACCUGGAGAAAUUCUCCUCAGCCCAGAUGUGGGAUCCUCUCUGGCAAAGCUUUAACGAGGACAACCACAACUGCUACAGCUACACACUGAUGUUUAUAAACUGUGUGCUAUCCAUGCAAUCCAAGCGAGCGCUCAGCAAGGACGAGUUCACGCAGACUUUCAUUCUGCCGCGCGUCAAAAGGGCGUCCAAGUACACCAUGCUGUGUCAGGAGAUUUCCCAGAACCACUUCUAUAUUGUGGACAGUCCAAAGAGAGACUCACGGGAAGACCAGAGCGAUGACGAUAAAGACGGGAAGAGCAAGUCUAAAUCUGAAUUUGUCCAUGUUGCUUAAACUUUUCUGUUCAAUGGUGUUGAGCUUUAGAAUGAAAUAAACCAUUAUGCAGCUUGAUGCCAGUCAAAACCAUGACUCAGUGGAAUAAUGAUAUUGAAUCUGACCUGAAUCUUUCAAUAUACAACUACUACUAAUAUAAAUAUGUUAAAAGAUUCACAUCAGAAACCUUUUCCUGGAUCUUCUAUUAAAAUUGGGCUUUAAUAAACAGUCAUACCUCCCUUUGUAGCUUCUUGUCUGCAACUAGUCAUGUGUGUGCAAGAACACAUUAAUUCUACUUAUACAAGGUACCGUAUUUUCUUGAGUAUUUAACACUACAAUGCUAACCAUGGACUAACCAUACACUCACAUUAGCAAGCAACAGCAACUGCUACCACUGGUGUUUAUAGAUGUGGCCUGUCCACAAAGAAAUAAACAGUCUUCUGUAUAAUUUAUACAUAUUACAUUUGAAUACGAACAUUGUAAUAAAACACAGGAAAAGACAAAACUAUGACUGGAAGAUUUCUUGCAUUUUUGUGUGAUGAACACAGUGAAUGGGAACCUAAUGCCGCUAAGAGCUGAAGUUGUGAGAAUAGAGAACUGACAUCAGUCAUCUGCUGAGCCAGUUAUUGGGGUUUGUGGCUUUACUGCCUCAUAAUUAAUAAGACUCUUACUAUUGUUGGAAUCAUGGCUUCAUAUCAUACACUUAAAUAAAACGGAAUGGUCACUAUUUUGCUUACUAGUGUGAACGCAGGGUUAUGAAGUUAUUAAACACUUGUGCUUGAUUGACAAUUUUUACUGCAGGUGGUGUGUUCACACUAGGAAACUCUGAGAUCCAGUGCACUAUUAACACCUAGACGUAUUAAAACUGACAAAAAAUUAACUCUGGAACUUUGGACAUGUUUUGCGCUCAGUAGUUGCAGCUUUAUGAGGCGUAAGGGGCGAAACCACUAGUGCUACAGUUUAAAUUUUGC